CGGCGUCUGCGAGAACCUGCGGAAGCUGGAGAUCACGGGAGUGUCCUGCCGAGACGUGUACGCCAAACGUAUAAACCCACGCGUGAAGUCGGGGCGUUUUAUGAAAAUCCUUCCCGACUACGAGCACAUGGAAUACAGAGAUGUGUACACCUGCCUGCUGCACAGAUACCGACACAUCUUGGGGCUGUGGCAACCAGACAUCGGACCCUAUGGGGGACUGUUGAAUGUGGUGGUAGACGGCUUCUUCAUCAUUGGCUGGAUGUAUCUGCCUCCCCAUGACCCUCACGUGGACGACCCAAUGAGGUUCAAGCCUCUCUUCAGGAUCCACUUGAUGGAGAGGAAGAGCGCCACCGUCGAGUGCAUGUAUGGCCACAAGGGCCCCCACAACGGACAUAUUCAGAUUGUGAAAAAGGAUGAGUUUUCGACAAAGUGCAACCAGACGGAUUAUCACCGCAUGGCGGGAGGAAGGCAAGAAGAAUUUCGGACGUGGCUGAGAGAGGAAUGGGGGCGGACCCUAGAAGACAUCUUCCAUGAACACAUGCAAGAGCUCAUCUUGAUGAAGUUCAUCUACACCAGUCAAUAUGACAACUGCUUGACGUACAGGCGCAUCUACCUCCCUCCAUGCGGCCCCGACGACCUAAUCAAGCCGGGGCUUUUCAAGGGGACCUAUGGAAGCCACGGCCUUGAAAUAGUCAUGCUUAGUUUCCAUGGGAAGAAGGCCAAAGGGACUAAAAUAACCGGUGACCCCAACAUCCCAGCUGGCCAGCAGACCGUGGAGAUCGAGCUGGCGCAUCCCAUCCGUCUGCCUGACAUCGAGAGCCUCGGCAACCUCAGCGAGCUCUCCCGGAUCGUCCUGGAGGUGCAGGAGCAAGUGAGGCGGGAGCAGCAGCGGCAAGAGGAGGGCGCCCCGGAGGGCAAGGAGCCGGAAGGGGAGGGCCAGGCUCAGCGGGCGCCCUCCCCGACGGAAGACGACGGGGCGGAGGCCUCUGCCUCAGGAGAAGGGGACGCCGCCCAAGACCCCCCGCAGCCCCCGCAGCCCUUUGUCCUCCCCGGGGGGAUCGCGUCCCGGAAAGAGGACUACCCGCGGACCUGCAGAGCCUGCUUCUACGGCACGGGGCUCAUUGCGGGGCACGGCUUCACCAGUCCCGAGAAGACCCCCGGCGUCUUCGUCCUGUUUGACGACGACCGCUUCGGCUUCAUCUGGCUCGAGCUGCAGUCGUUCAGCCUCUACAGCCGCAUCAAGGUGGCCUUCCAGAGCGCGGAGGCCCCGUCCCGGGAGGCUUUCGACGAAAUGCUGAAGAACAUUCAGUUGCUGACCUCGUGAUGGGGGGGCUGCCCCGGGUGCCGGAGGGAGAGGCCGCUUCCCCCACCCGCCCUUCGAUUGGCACGCCGCAUGCACUCCCUCGUCCAGAAGGCCUUUUUACCGACAUGUGCACACACCCCCUAGAGCAUUAAUGAUAUCCCCCCCCCGGCCUGUUGUGUAUAGUUUGUAAUAUAGCGCUGUAUAUUUGAAAGGCGGCCUGCCGAAGGGCCGCUGGGCCUGUCUGUGCAGUGUCUCUUUUUUUCCCUUUUCUUUUAAAGGGUUUUGUUUGAGUGGGAAGAACAAGACCAGUCGCUUGGCAGGCAGUGUAAAUAAUUGAACGGCUGUUCCUUGAGAGUGUAUAUUAAACCUGACGGCCUGCUGGUCUUCUCCCUGGGCAAGCGAGCUGCGGUCUGGGUGAUUUUGUACCCCUUGGCUUUUUCUGAACGUCUGUCGCUUUGGAAUUGUGAUUGUUUUUCAAAAA